GAGAGGGUGAUUCAGCAAGCCACUCUUCUCUUUAAUCCUUCCGUCUCUUUUUUUAUUUUUAUGGGGGUGGGUGGUGCUCCAUAUAUUAAAUCCUUACCUUUUUGUUUUUCUAUUUUCAUUUUUACAAAUUUUCUUUCUCUUCCUCACUCUUCAAUUCCUAGGGGUUUGAGUGAGCUAAAGAUCCGUUCUUCUUGGAAAUCACCUGUCUAUUAUUAUUUUUAAACAAUCUCCACACCUCCAAAGACCCUCCUCCUCAUUCCAGCUUGGAAUGUGGCUACUGAAAACCCAGUAGGGAGGAUUUUUGGGGCACGCAUCCCGACCAGGAUCCUGGUUCCCAGGCACGGAAUGGAUAGUGUGAGAACACCACCGGCAGGACCAUCUCAGAUCUUGGUUAUGGCAACUCAUGCAAGACGCUGUUGAAUCAGACCGCUUUCCUAUCGAUGAGAAACCACACAAGCAGUGGUAUUUAUGAGCCUCCAUUUCCUAUACUACUGCAGUGAACCAACCUUGGACGUGAAAAUCGCCUUUUGUCAGGUGUGUGUUCCUCACAGGUAAAACAAGGGAUUCGACAAACACGUGGAUGUGUCAUACGUUGCCAAACAUUACAACAUGAGCAAAAGCAAAGUAGACAACCAGUUCUACAGUGUGGAAGUAGGAGACUCGACCUUCACCGUUCUCAAGCGCUACCAGAACCUGAAGCCGAUUGGCUCUGGGGCUCAGGGAAUAGUUUGUGCUGCAUACGAUGCUGUCCUCGACAGAAAUGUGGCCAUUAAGAAGCUCAGCCGACCCUUCCAGAACCAAACUCAUGCCAAGAGAGCUUACCGGGAGCUGGUCCUCAUGAAGUGUGUGAACCAUAAAAACAUUAUUAGCUUAUUAAAUGUUUUCACACCCCAGAAAACGCUGGAGGAGUUCCAAGACGUUUACUUAGUGAUGGAACUGAUGGAUGCCAACUUGUGUCAGGUGAUUCAGAUGGAAUUAGACCAUGAGCGGAUGUCCUAUUUGCUGUACCAGAUGUUGUGCGGCAUCAAGCACCUCCACUCUGCUGGAAUUAUCCACAGGGACUUAAAACCCAGUAACAUAGUAGUCAAGUCUGAUUGCACACUGAAGAUCCUUGACUUCGGACUGGCCAGGACAGCGGGCACAAGCUUCAUGAUGACGCCGUAUGUGGUGACGCGAUAUUACAGAGCCCCUGAGGUCAUCCUGGGAAUGGGCUACAAGGAGAACGUGGACAUAUGGUCUGUGGGAUGCAUCAUGGGAGAAAUGGUCCGCCACAAAAUCCUCUUUCCCGGAAGGGACUAUAUUGACCAGUGGAACAAAGUCAUUGAGCAACUAGGAACUCCGUGUCCAGAAUUCAUGAAGAAAUUGCAGCCCACAGUCAGAAACUACGUGGAGAAUCGGCCCAAGUAUGCAGGCCUCACCUUCCCAAAGCUCUUUCCUGAUUCCCUCUUCCCAGCCGAUUCCGAGCACAAUAAACUUAAAGCCAGCCAAGCCAGGGAUUUGUUAUCAAAGAUGCUAGUGAUCGACCCGGCUAAGAGGAUAUCGGUGGACGAUGCCUUACAGCACCCGUACAUCAACGUUUGGUACGACCCCGCGGAAGUGGAGGCGCCUCCUCCUCAGAUAUACGACAAACAGCUGGACGAGCGGGAGCACACCAUUGAAGAAUGGAAAGAACUUAUCUACAAGGAAGUAAUGAACUCAGAAGAAAAGACUAAAAACGGCGUGGUAAAAGGACAGCCCUCCCCUUCAGGUGCAGCAGUGAACAGCAGUGAGAGUCUCCCUCCAUCCUCGUCUGUCAACGACAUCUCCUCCAUGUCCACCGACCAGACCCUCGCAUCCGACACUGACAGCAGCCUGGAAGCCUCGGCAGGACCGCUGGGUUGUUGCAGGUGACUAGCCGCCUGCCUGCGAAACCCAGCGUUCUUCAGGAGAUGACGGGAUAGAACACAGCACACAUGCACACACACACACACACACAUGGUUCGCACACACAUAUGCAUACACAAAGACACUCUCACACACGCACAGACGCACACACGCAAUGUCAAGAAAAUAGCAAGAGAGAGAUCCAACCUGGAAUUAGGAUAAAUCUUUCUGCCUGCUUCUCCAAAGUUCUGUAUCACAGCUAAGCCGAAAUGUAUACUUAACUUCUAGUAGCUCUCGCUUCGGUCUCCUUCCAACAGUGCUUACUACACAGAACAAACCAGACACAAUUAGAGAAGUCUUUCCCCAAAGUGUAACUUAAGUGGCUGCAGAACCAGCAACCCGUAACUGCCCUUCAAAUGGCAUGACAAGGUGUGCAGUGGCCCCAUCCAGCAUGUGUGUGUCUCUAUCUUGCAUCUACCUGCUCCUCUCGGCCUAGUCAGAUGGGUGUAGAUACAGAUCUGCAUGUGUCUGUAUUCAUACGGCACUUCUUAGAGAUGCUCCUGUCAGUGUCCUCAGGGCUCCUACCAAGACACCGUGCACUGGGGUACCACCUGGUCCAUUCCAUGUGAUCUAUUACUCCGACAUCAAUCCAUCUGUAAUAUAUUGCCAGUAUAUAAGCUGUUUAGUUUGUUAAUUGAUUAAGCUGUAUGUCUUAUAAGAAAAUAUGUAAAGGGGGAGGGACAUGGGAGAGUGAACUCAGACCCUUCAAGAUGUAGCUUCCGAAUCUGAACCGAUUAAAUGGCACCUGUAUACCAAUUUGUAGAAAGAACAUAUGUGACGCUUACGUACAGUGUGGGGGGAGGGAGGGAGCAGUAGCUUCCAGAUGUCAACGAGCUUGGCCUUCAGGAGGACUGUGUGAGUCAAGGUUACAGUCUCUGGCGAUGGAUAAAUAGCAGGGACUUGAGCACAGGCUAGACCAUGCUCUGUAUUGCUGCAGUAUAGACUGUGGGUGAAAGGGAAUUGCUGCCCAGAUACUGGGAGACACCAAAAACCCAUGUUUUAAAGAUUAGACACCAUUUGUCAUUUUAAAAUGAUGUCAAAAGAUAAAGCUUCUGGAGAAAGGGGAAGGCAGAGAGGCGGCAUCAUUGUGCACACACCCAAUGGUAAAAGCCUUUGCCUGAAACGGUGGAAUUCCCUCCGUGUGAUAUCCUUCAGAGAGGAUAGCCCUGCCUAGACUAAUUCGAGAUUGUGGGGAAUGUUUUCCAUGUGCGGGCUGCUUCCCAGAGUCAUCCCUGCCAAUAUUUUUGUUUUCUUUCCUGGACUAGACUAGAAUAAAACAAAAUGGGAUCCCCAAAGCCAGGGUGGUCUUCAGGACGGCAUCUCUAAGUAUCUACAUGGAAAUGAUUGUCCCUCUGAGGGGUUGUCCCUCAUGGGGGCUUUUCAGACUCCUUGAUAUGACUGGUGUUUCAUACUUACUGACUUAUUUUCAUAGAUAUGUGUAAUUUGAGAAGGGCUGAAACCUGACUUUUGUAUUGCUGUAGAUCUAUGAGAGCAAUAAUUCUGUGCCAACGCAGCUCCUACUAGCUAGCAUUAGAAAAGACUUUGUCUUACAGUCAUGAAACAUUAACGUGUUUAGCAAAAUCAUCUGACCUUAGCUGAAAUUCAUGGAAGAUCCCACCUGAGCACUCUUGGAGGCGCUACCAACCAUCGUGGUUAUAUACCGGGCAAUGCCGGUGCGGUUUCUGAGCAAUAACAGGCACCAGGCCCCGCUUCCCUCUUCCUUCCCCAAGUGAAGCAUCCACCACAGCUCUUUGCACUCUGGCCAUUUUGGUGCUAACCCCUGUGGUGAUAUUUCACCCGGAGAGGAAGUGAAACGUGCGAGGAGGUGAAUGUGACUGGCCUGGCCAAAGGGAAAACCCCCAAGUAUACAGAGUAAACAGCAGCGUUGGAGCUCUGCAAACUGCCUUAAAUACAACACCAGGGAAGCCCUUAUCCUCUCAAGCAAUAGAAUCAGUUAGGAACUCACUUGCCCAAACACUGCACACGUGUGCACACCACAUUGUAGGGCUGCUCUUCCUGGGACUGCUUCUCCAGCACGUUUCUUUGCAAGAUGUGGUACUGAAAAGGAGGGUGGAGGGAGGGAACUAGCUGUCUUGAGAGCUCACUUGCAGCUCAUCCCCUGCUGCAAGUAUCUCAGUCUCUGUCCUUUCCCCAUGCUUUUUAGUGAAUGUUGAUGAUCUUUAUAAAUGCCGAUGAAUUUUUACAACGUCUUUCAUUUUCCCCUCUGCCAUCUUUUGUCCUUUUUAAAACUGUAUCUGUAUCCCUAUUCUGCUCACCAUUCUCUGAAUUUUGCAUUUACGCCUGUGAUAUGCACCCCUCCAGUCUGUAUGACACCAGAUUAAUGUAAAGAAGGGACAGUGGGCUUGGAAGAAGCAAGUCUCGAAGGGCAUUCCAUGGGGCACAAGAUGGCAUAACGGACUGGCAGGGUUCCCAGCAGAAGGGCAGGAGAGGCGGAGGAAAGCAGGCACAACAGAUCGCCUCCCAGCUCCUCUGGCUGGCCUGGGUGCUCCUGUCUGUCUGUUGGUGUAUGGCCUUGUCCGGCUGAGGACCCUUAUGCAGAGAUUCCCCCACGGAGAAGAAAAGACAAAACAAGUCCCUUGGGUUUUCAAAAGCCCAUCCAAGUGGAGAUGGGGACCGGGAUCCUGGAUUCCGUGCAGGAUUGGUUUUAGCGGAUGGAAGGAGAGAUGGAAGGCGGAACAACAAAACAGGCCACCGUGUUGGAAGUUUUCCCUUCACCGUCGGACCCCCUGUUAUUCUCGCUCUUUGGCCUGGUUACACUCUGAGAAAUUUCGCAGUGUGCAUUGUGCUCUUCACUGGGUAUUCUGAGGGGGAAAAAAAUUAAGCAACUGGAAAACCAAAUAUUUAUUUGAUGUGGCCACCUAUUACUCCCGAGGGUGUUCUUAUUUGGGGGGCAGGAAACUGUUUAAGGAGACCUGGACUGUAUCUGGGGGAGAACUGAAGGAGCUAUGAGUGUUCGCAUCAAAACAGGAAGUUGGCAUUCUAAGGACUGGAGCAUCUGUGCUUCCAUGGUCAGCUGAGUAGACAGUGGUCCCUGCUGUGUUCCGUGGCAUUCUGUAGAAAGGACAGGUGUGUACCCCUGAACUGGAAGAACUGGAUUGCUACCAUGUUCUCAAUUUCUUGGCUACUUUAGGGUGUAUUUGGUGGGUGAGUGUACUCGUUUUUCCAAUGGGAUACAUUAUAGCACAAUUGUUUCUUGUUCAAUAAAGAUUGAAAACAGUCCCUCAUCCCUCAAACUCCAGUGUUAGAACUGCCUAGGUCCGUGUCCUGCCACUGUGCCAGGAUUUGGCCAAGCCCCGUCGUUGGAGGAGACUUAUUCGAUUGAUGGCUUCACACAGUCUGCUAUCCCUAUCAGAACAAGUAUUGUCUAAAGACACUGACAACAACUGGCCAGAAAGUGAGAAACUUGUUCAUAGAUCACAGAACAAAUGGAAGGCAUGAAAAUACAUAAAUCCAUUCAUGAUCUGUAAGUGAAAAUGAAUAAAUAUAAUUUUAGAGCUCUUAAAUAUUUAUUGUAUAGUCCAGGUUAUACAGAAUCUAUUUGUUUCAUUUUCUUAGCAAGUAAGAAUCUGUGCCUGGAAGAAAUCCACUGGUUUUGCUGAAAGAGAUAACAUCUGUGGUUCAGAGACAGGAGGGAAAAUGUUUGGGGGAAUUCUGAUCCCCGCUUCUCUGGGUUUAAAGCAAAACCGCUCCCAGUACGGCAGUGCUCCCACCCUCACAGACACACACACACACACACACACACACACACGUUUUAAAUACAAGAGACCAACAUUUUCUACACUUAUUGUUGGAUAAGGCCAUCUUAUUUGAAAGAAAGACUAAAGAACCUAAAAAUUUAUAAUGUAAAUAACAAAACCAGUUAUUUUCCUUGUGAUUAAAUAUCAAUUCUAUUUCUUUGGGCGCCCAAACAUGUCUUUAACUGUUAGUUCACUUCAACCCAUUGCUUUUGUCAAAACACAGUGAAAGGCUUCUUUUACAUGUGAACCCCUGUUUAUUUAAUUUUUGAUCAGUGGGACCAAUGGCCAGUAUAUCCCAGCAGGAGCAAACUUCCUAGCCUGUGUAUGCCAUCACUGGUCCACCUUGCCAUGUCCACCUUGCAGUGCCACCUGCCUUGCCUCUGCCUGUUGUUCUGCAUGAUUGGACUCCAAAACCACACCCGAUGAAGAGAGUUGUCCUAGAUCAGUGUUUUUGAAAUGUAUCUAGAGCGCACAUGCACAUAACAUACUUAUAUAUUCUCAUGUGGUUCUUUGUCAACCUGGAAGCCAAAACCAUGUAUGUCUGAUUUCUUUGCAUAGUCUCAGAGGUGAGACCUCUUGUCAGUCACAUGCUAGAUACACUGUGCUCUCAAUGGUAUCUAAUAUGGAUCAAAACCAAUCAGUCCAUUCCUGUGUUCUUUCUCGUGUUCUUUCAGUUCCAUUUUUUUCUCUUAUUCUAAAUGUGUCUGUUGGGAAGAGCAUGAGUUGGAGAACUUUGGCAUCUAUUGACUUCCCAGGUGGAAUCACGUCAACACAUUGUGAUUUGUAUGUCUUAUGGAAGUUCGUGUCCCUUCUCAUAAAGCCAAUUGAAACCUUGACUCUGUUGGACUUUCCUUUUGGCAAUGCGUGUUGCUCGCUCUGCUCUGUUUUCCCACACUGCCAGAGCUAUCAAGGGCUUCCAAGAUUUCCUUCUGACCCCUCUGAAAGAAACUUGAGGCAUGGUCAGGUUGUACCACAGAGUAGAUAAGAAGGAAGAAAUGGUCUUCUUCUCGGCCUAGAGAAAGCAGGUCAAGUGGCGUGUUUGUGCUUGAGAUUCAUUCAUUCCAGAAAGGCCUCUGCUCCCAUGGGCAGACACUGGUGUUGUGGCCACAGUUCAGGAAUAGCCAAUAGGAUAACAAUGAACAAAACAUUGGUAAGCAGAUCAAGGUUACAUAUUUUUCAGAUUAAUCAACAAAUGAUCCAAUUGUAACUUUGUCUAAGAGAUUAAUUUUGUCUACACCAUUAUCUGACACGUCUUACUGAAUUUAAGGAUGUGAAUGACAGCUUGGUGGAGUUCACCGAACCUGUCACGCUCCCCUGGCAAUGUCUGAACGGUAUUGAGGAGCGGCCUGCAUAUUUCUGUGAACAAUACAUUUUGCUUGUUCAAUUAAUAAAGAGCUCGAAAGGCAGACAUUCCCAUUAUUAUUUUUUCUUUUAUUUAGAGAAAAUGGAAAUGAAAAGCUGUUUAUUGCCUUUGCAAUGACCCUUAUUCUAUUUUCUAAUUAUUUUAAUUUCUUCUUUUUUUUAUUAAUUUUAUUUGAGAGGGAGAUGCAUAGAGGUUUCUUCCUGAGUAGGCCAAAUGAUCCUGGUACAUGCAAUCCCCCUGCCUCAGAUUCCAAGCUUGUUCAACUAUGCUUGACUGCCUAUUCUGACUUCAACCCACAACUCCUUACUUUUUUUUUUCAUUGAAAGUGACCAAACAUACAAAUCUAUAAAUACACAUAAGAGUAAAAAGGGAAAAUUCAUUCUUCAUGACAGUUUCCCAAAGAGAGCAAAUCGUUUGUCUGAAAACAUUACCCUAUAUUUGAUCGUUAUGAUAAAGUUUGCAGUGAGGCAAGGUGAAGGUUAUUGAGCAGUGUUUUCGUGGAGAGACUAAUGAAAAACCCAGUGUAGAGGGAUGAAUCGGCUUGCUCAAUAAUGAUUGUAAAGAAGGUAAAGGAUGUUUGCCUUACCAACCAGCUCAGAACUCAUUGCUGUGAUUUAUACAUGUAGCACUCCCUCCCAGGUUCCCCCCAAUAAUGUUUGAAAGGCAAUGCCUGGAAGAAGCGUCCAAACAGUGGUACACAGGAUGUCCCGUGUCUCAGGUCUAUUCAGGCCUGGCACCUCUGCACGGUUCUUCCCUUUCCGUUCCAGAUGGGGGUCCGUAGGCUCAGCGUCUAAAGCCACUGCAAUGAAGUACAGGAGUUUAUACGUCUCAAACACAGGAAAGAUAGGGUGCAGACAAACAAGAAUCAACCCUUCUGUCGAAUGUUUCUUUUUAAAAAGGUAUUCUAUCGGUGUGUAAAACUCGAGAAUAAAUAAGUCUAGACUGCUAAAUAGAGGAUUUGAGUUUGCUCAGUAGAGUGGUGAGUUCUGGUAUUGUCCUCCAGUCCACCUUGCUCAAAGUCUUUUUGCUCAAACAAUAGUCCAUAUUGUUCGCCUUUCAAUAACAUAUAUUCAGUGUCUUUGUGUUACACACCCUCUGUAAUCUGCUUAGAAGACUGGGUCUUUCAUUAUGUGGUUUUCACUACAAAUGCUAAAGUCCAUGUUCGUGCAAGCAUUGUCUACAAACAAAUACGCAGAAAAUAAAGUUCUACAAUGCUAAUAGCAUUUCACACAGUUGAAGGAACUAAUGAUUUGAAGGAAGACACUUGGAGGCAGUCACAUGUUCCUUAAUGGGUUGGUAACUUGAAUUGGCAUAAAUUAAUCUCUGAGAAGGUUAUUUUGAAUUUCUAGUUUAAUUUCUGGGCUACAUUCUAAAGUAUUUCAUCA